AUGAACGCUAACUCCACGGUUGAACCAAUUCCCAAUAUUUCUUUGCUGGAAUUAAUUCCUAAAUUUUCAGGGACCGCUGCGCUUCCCGUGAGGGCAUUCAUAGCAAAAAUUAACGGGAUUUCUCAAAUAAGCGGGUGGUCGGAUGCACAGAAACUAAUAAUAACAAAGUUAAAAUUGACUGAUGGGGCGGAAAGUUUUGUGCACGCGGACCCGAGGGCUUCGACCACACGAAGUUUCGAUGAAUUAGUUGACAGGUUGCUAUACAGGUUCGAUAAUCCUCUCCCCUUAUCAACGUAUCUGAACGAGCUCGCAACUUGCGCACAACGUACGAAAGAAACAGUUCAUGACUACUCAACGCGGCUAAGAGUGUUAGGGAGAAAUAUAGGUUCAGUUCAGGGCGACAGAAUCACUCCAGAAAUUCGACAAGCAAGCGACAAGUUAUUGCAAGCUCGUUUCGUGGCAGGACUGCGCCCCGAAAUCCAACGACACGUCUUGAGCCGGGAACCCUCAAGCUUCGAAGAAGCUAUCUCUGUCGCAUUGACCGAAGAGGCCAAUAAUAAGAUUUUCGAGGGAUCUUUGACGCGUCGGGAAAGUGAACGCGAGCAGGCCGACGUGUUUGCGGUGCUAACCGAACAGGUCCGCGACUUAUCGAUGCAAGUACAAAACCUUAAGGAACAAGUAAAUGUAAAUACUAUUCAUCCCAGAGGAAUGAACGGUGCGCCAUAUCGCAGCAGGGCGAAUGUCAAAUGUUACUUUUGUGGGAGAGAAGGGCACUAUCAAUAUGAAUGCAGAAAAAAGAUGAACAGUGGGAAUAGAUCCCCAAUGAGAAAUAGAAGGGUCAGCUUCUCCCCUCGCAGAGACGAAACAAAUGAAACACACGAAAGGCAGUUAAACACCAGAGGGAAGCGCCGAUACUAA